AUGAAGCUGACUGCCGCCUUCGCUGCUCUUUCCCUUGCCCUCGCUGGCCACGCUGCUGUUCUUAGCCGUCGUCAAUGCGCGGCAUCCUUAACCGACGCAGAGGCCAUCGCCAAAGAGCUCCAGUCCAAAUACUUCAACAGCAUCACCGGCCAGUACAAUGAGGGAGAGCUCUGGACAGAUGCCAACACCCUCGAGGACCUGCACAGCCUUAUGCUUGCCGCCGGCAUCAACGACUAUUCGUCUUUAGCUGACAACACAUACAUUGGUCAAACAGCCAACGACCCUGGUGCUGACUGGGAGAGCGUCUUGAACGGCAGCAACGAUGAUGCUCAGUGGAUCAUCUUGGCUUUGUGGAAGAUUGCGGACUAUAAGGGCUCACAAGGCCAAGACGGCAGCGCAUACACGAACGCUGCAGCAACUAUCUACGAUAUCAUUGCAGGACAGUGGGAUGACUCUACUUGCGGCGGUGGAGUCUGGUGGUCUACGGCGCACACGUACAAGAACUCGAUCACUAACGAGCUCUUCUUGCUUACUUCCGCCGAAGGCUACAACAGGAACAAGAACCAGACGUACCUCGACAAUGCUAACAAGGUCAUCUUGGCCUCUGGGCUACGGAACUCAAACGGCCUGUUCAACGAUGGUCUGGACUCGACCUCGUGUCAGAACAACGGCGAGACCACAUGGACGUACAACCAGGCAGUCGUCGCUUCCGGCCUCGGCGCCCUCGCUGUCGCGACCGGCAACUCUUCGUGGCUCGACCAGGCCGAGAUCUCCCUCGAUGCGACGAUCAGCUCGAUGACGCAGAACAACAUUCUCAAGGAGUCGUGUGACGAUGCCGCCUCCGGCGGCGCUACUUGCAACGCGGAUCAGGUACGCGAAAUAGGUAUCUGGACGAAGCACCUGCAGUACUACCUUGACAGCGCCAACGACGCGUCGCGUACAUCGAAGUACAGCGGCUUCUUGGGCUCUCAGCUCUCCGCUGUCACGCACUACGGUGAGAACGCGAACCAAGACAUCGGUUCCGUCUGGUAUGCUGCCAGCACCGGUGGCUCUCAGUUCAACCCUCAGGCCUCUGCCAGUGGCCUCGAGGCAGUUAUCGCCGCCGCCAAAGUUAGUACCCUUUCAAGCCAGAGCACCUUCAACUUUCUAACGCAAACCCCGUCAGUACGGGCCCUGCUAAUAAGGGCGUUGGGAUUAUUUAUGCCUUCCAAUUAUUUCACUGGGUAUUGA